UGAAAAGCUGAACCUGACUUUCAAGCUCUCGUCAACUUUGAUGGCUGGAAGUUUCUUCGACACCAAAACGUCCCAGUGGUCAAGUGCUGGAGUCAGGAUGACAGGAUAUGCAGACGGAUUGGCAGAAGUGGAGACAUAUCAUUUGUCAACAUUUGGAGCCGGGCUUUUCGUGAAACCGAACGCAAUUGACUUCAGCAACGUUUUCGCCAAC